AUGGCGGACGCUGCAGCAGCAACCGCAACCGCAACCACAACCCAACCGACGGUGUCCCCCACGGGAACGGGCACCUCCACGCCCCAGGCAGGCGGCGGCGCCAGCGAACAUCACCGCACCGUCAAGUCACUCAACGAGUCUAUCCUGCCUCACCUCACCAAGAUCUUCAACGUCCACGCCAGCAAGGACGAUCAGAAAUGGCACAAGGAGCAGAUCGCAUCCUUUGUCAAGAACGUCCAAGCCGACGAGGAAGCCCUUGAGCAUCUCAAGGCGAUCGAGGGCGUUUCGGACAAGGAGCUGGAUUUUAAUGGUUUCCUGGACUACAUGACCUCUUCUCACUCCGCCAUCACACGCCCUGUUGUAGAGACGGACCUGACCUACCCCCUGUCGAGCUACUUCAUCAGCUCCAGCCACAACACAUAUCUUACCGGAAACCAGCUGUACAGUGAAUCGAGCACGCAUGCCUACAAGAACGUGUUGCAGAGAGGGUGCCGAUGCAUCGAGAUUGACGUCUGGGACGGCGAUGAUUCCGAUAAUGAGGAUGGCACCUCGGUCAGCAGCAGCGAUGAGGAGGUUGCUGCCGGGACCAAGGUGAAGAAGAGCCGACUGUCGAGGCUCAAGGAUAAGAUGCCGAGUUCACUGUCCAGCAGGCUCGAGAAGACGUCUCUGGGGAAGAAGAUGGAUGAGAGGAUCGAGAAGAAGGAGGGCACCAGCCCGCCUGCGGCGGCGGCGGCAACUACAACGAAGUCGGCAGCGGAUGCAACGACUACGAAGCCGUCAACGGAUGCAACAACCAUGAAGCCGGUAACGGAUGCAACAACUACGACAAGUCCGCCCGCUGAAGGGCUGGAGGUUGAGUUGGUGAAGACGCCGUCACCUAGGCCAUACGGCAUCGAGCCUCAAGUGUUCCACGGAUACACGCUCACCAAGGAGGUCCCCUUCCGCCACGUUUGCGAGACCAUUCGCGAUUAUGGCUUUGUCGCGUCGGACACGCCCCUGAUUGUCAGCCUGGAGGUUCACUGUAGCGCACAACAACAGGAGGUCAUGGUGAAGAUUAUGCAAGACUGCUGGACGGACCUGUUGAUACCGACACCUGACGUCGACGCUGCAGAACUGCCACGACCGGCGGACCUAAAGGGCAAGAUCUUGGUAAAGGUCAAGUACGCACCGCCGACGGGUGACGCUGUGGAAUCGGAUGAGGGUGACGACGCGGCAGCUGGUGAAGCCCCUCACCAGAAGGCUGCCGCCGCGAACAAGAAAAAGUCCAAGAUUAUUCAGGCACUGAGCAGGCUGGGCAUCUACACACGGGGUGUCUCGUUCAAGUCACUCGCGCAGCCUGAGGCGUCGAUGCCAACGCACAUUUUCUCGCUGUCGGAGAAGGGCGUUAUGGAGGUCCACGAGAAGCAGCCCGAAAUUCUAUUCCACCACAACAGGCACUACCUGAUGAGGGCUUAUCCUUCUGGCCUGCGUAUCGGGUCCUCCAACCUAGACGCUCCUGUCUUUUGGCGCAGGGGCAUCCAGAUUGUUGCGCUCAACUGGCAGAAUUGGGACGAGGGGAUGAUGCUCAAUGAGGCCAUGUUCGCGGGCACGUCUGGUUAUGUUUUGAAGCCCGAGGGCUACCGCUGUAUCAAGGCCGGCUCACCGCCACCUGCCCCCGACGCGGCAAAAGACGUGCCGCAGAUCGCAUACAAGACCCUUGACCUUCAAAUCGACGUCCUGGCUGCCCAAAACCUCCCUCUUCCUCCUGGCGACACCAAGGUCUCCGGCUUCAAGCCCUACGUCAAGGUUGAGAUUCACGUCGAAUCCCCCGAGGAACGCCUGCCCGGCGCGCACAUCAAGAACGACGGCCACGAGCAGGAGGGCGAGUACAAGGCCAAGACCAAGUCCAACAGGGGUAUCGACCCCGACUUCAAGGGCGAGGAGCUCAAAUUCACGGGCGUGCCAGGCGUCGUGGAGGAGUUGACAUUUGUGAGAUUCACCGUUAGAGACGACGAGAUCGGACGGGACGACUUGGCUGCGUGGGCGGCUGUGAGACUGGACCGUUUGAGGGGCGGAUUCCGCUUCGUUCAUCUGAUGGAUUGUGACGGCAAGUUGACGGAUAGUGUGAUCCUUGUGAGGAUCACCAAGAAGGUUUACUAA